AUGGAGUCACAGGUGUCACUCGAUGACUUCGGCCUCACUCUAAGCGUCGCGACGGAGCACGUGGUCACUUCCUCGUCUCUCGAACACGUUACGCAAUCUCUGAAGACUACUGUACUAAAUUUUUUGCAGUCUCGGGUCUUGUUGGUUGGCGCCGGUGGCAUUGGCUGCGAGCUCCUCAAGAAUAUUGUCCUACUUGGCUUCGGCGAGAUCCACGUUGUCGACCUCGAUACCAUCGACUUGAGUAAUCUCAACAGACAAUUUCUCUUCCGCCACGAGCACAUCAAGAAGUCGAAAGCACUGGUGGCCAAGGAGACCGCGCAAAAGUUCAAUCCAAAAGUCAAGAUCGAAGCACAUCAUGCGAAUAUCAAGGAGACUCAGUUCAAUGUCGACUGGUUCCGAGGUUUCAACCUCGUUUUCAACGCGUUGGACAACAUGGACGCUCGGCGGCAUGUGAAUAAGAUGUGUCUGGCGGCCGAUGUGCCCUUGAUUGAGAGCGGAACCACAGGCUUUAAUGGUCAGGUUCAGGUGAUCAAGAAGGGCGUCACGGCCUGCUACGACUGUACUCCGAAGGACGCGCCGAAGUCAUUCCCCGUCUGUACGAUUAGAAGCACGCCGAGCCAACCCAUCCAUUGCAUAGUAUGGGGCAAGAGCUACUUGUUGAAUGAGAUGUUUGGCGCAAGCGAGGACGGAGCCGCCUUCGACCACACAGACGAUCAAGACAAUGCCGAAGAGAUCGAGGAAUUGAGAAAAGAAUCAGAGGCUCUCAAGAAGAUCCGCGAGUCCGUCGGUUCAGCGGAUUUCCCGCAGCUGCUGUUCGACAAGGUGUUCAAGGCAGAUAUAGAGCGUCUGCGUUCCAUGGAGGACAUGUGGAAAUCCAGACAACCACCUCAGCCAUUGGAUUACAAGAUCGUGAUGAGUCAGGCGACGGAGGCGCUCGCAAACAAGAACGCCAUAUUACAAGAGGGUCAGAGGGUGUGGACAUUGGAGGAGAGCUUGGUUGUCUUCAACGACAGCUUAGACCGGCUGAGCAAGCGCAUGCUGGAGCUGAGGAAGGCACAUGAUGGCUCGGGCCCUGCGCCUGUGAUUGAGUUCGACAAGGACGACGAAGACACUCUAGACUUUGUCGCGGCGAGUGCAAAUAUCCGGUCGACCAUUUUCGGUAUCGAGCGGAAGUCUCGUUUCGACAUUAAGCAGAUGGCGGGGAACAUCAUUCCGGCCAUUGCCACCACCAAUGCCAUCGUGGCUGGUCUCUGUGUGCUUCAAGCCUUCAAGGUCUUGAAGGGGGAGUAUAACAAGGUCAAGGAGGUCUUUCUGUCACCAUUCACACAAUCCGUACCCGCUCGCAUCAUCGCCGCCGAUCGCCAACGGGAGCCAAAUCCGGAUUGUCCGGUCUGCAGCGUGUUCCAGACGAGCGCACAUGUCGACUUGUCUCGGGCGACACUCAAGGACUUGGUCGAAGAUUUUCUCAGGCUUCAAUUUGGCUAUGGUGACAAAGACAUCGCUGUCAGCACUGAGGCUGGCAUCUUAUAUGACCCGGACGAGACCGAGAAUCUUUCGAAGAAGCUGGUCGACAUGGGUAUCAAAUCUGACAGUUUCAUUACUGUCACCGAUGAGGACGACGAAGAGCCGUUCGUUAACGUUGUCCUGCACGUCCAACCACCGAAGGAGGAGCAACCCGACAAGCCCGUAACAGGACCCUCUACCGAGAAGCCAGACAUACCCAAGAAGCCCAAGCAACAGGCGUCUCAGGCAGAGCCACCCGUGACGUCCCAGCCUAAUGGAAAGCAGAAGACGGCCGACGACAACGCCCAGCCUCUGAAGAGACCACUCGACGACGCAACUGACCUCCCAGAGGCUAAGAAAGCCAAGGUGACCGACACCGAGACUAAGAAGGGCGAUGCGGUCGUGGUCGUAGAUGAGGGUGACAAGUUGAGUCAAGACAUGGCGGCAGUCAAUCCGCCGUCAAUUGUAAGGACGCAGUUGUUGGCAUAUGGAUUUCGGGCCAGGAAGGCAGCGGCAUCUGCCACCUCUUCGACUCGGCCCAACCGCCUCAGCGGGAUGUGCUCAGAUAAAGAGCUUCGGCUGAAAUCUUUUGAGGCAGAAAGUGUACAUUAA